AUGCAAUCGUUCUUCCCGUCAAUCGCACCUCUGUUGCGCACAGAGGUGCAGUCAAUCCCCCUCCUAAGACUCUUCUCCACAACUUCCACCCCACAAGACUGGCUCCGUCCCCGCACCGACCCAAAACUCCGCUUCAAGGGCAACCCACGCGUGCACACCGGCGGCUCCACCCGCGGGACCACGAUAGCCUGGGGCGACUACGGCAUGCGAUUAUCCGACUACCACCAACGCCUGUCCGCAACACACCUAAAAAAUGCAGAAACAGCAAUAAAGACCAAACUCCGCGGGAUGAAGUACAAAUUGUACAAGCGGGUCGCAUGCAACAUCGCCGUGUUCCAGAAGGGCAACGAGGUGCGCAUGGGGACAGGGAAGGGCACACAUAAGUUCUGGGCAGCCAGGGUUCCCGUUAGUCGUGUGCUUUUCGAGCUCAAGGGGGAGGUGCACGAGCAGAUUGUCAAGGAGGCGUUUAGGUUGGCGGGGGAUAAGAUGCCUGGCAGGUAUGAAUUCGUCAAAAAGGGAGACCCGCCAAUGAUCGGUAGGGCCCCAGUCACGCCGGAGCUGCUGAAAGAGUUGGAAGCUAGGAAUUUUAAGUUGCCGCCUAAGAAGCGGGCGUGGGUUGAUACGCUACCUGAGCAUAAAAGAAAGUUGCUCAAGCCUUUGAAGCCAUAAGUUUCUCAUACUGUACAUAAUCAAACUACACCACACCACCGCACAGAUAUCGACCCACAACACCACCCCUAUAUCUUCCCCCUCCCUCUUCUGCACCCCAACGCCUACGGCAUGCAGCCAACCACCAUAUUUAUCGCCAAAAUAAAAAAAGCUCAAACAUAGUUACCGCCCCUUCGGUUUCUCCGGUGGAUGUACCACUCCCGUGAGUGUAUCUAUCCUCUCGUGCCCGGGGUGAUCGCGGGUCAGUUUGAUAUGUAAUAGACUGGUGAGAAGGAGAGAGCAUAGCAUACGCGGUUGAUUCGGCGGCGGCGGGGAUUAGUACGGAUCCUUGUGUGGGUUUGAUAGGGAAGGCAUGGUUGCCUGUCUGGCUGGAAUGGAAUGGUAUUGUAAGGAAGGUCUUUGGUAUUUGUUCGGCUGAGAGGAUUGAGAUGGAAAGGUGGAAGGGUGGUUUAUAUUAACUUGGCGACGUUCUAAAGGUGGUGGUGGGAUGGCGUCAAUGUCAAUUGGGACUUGAUAAAUGGUUAAUCUAUCGGAAUUGGGUCGCCAAUUAUCACGUCUGAAAUCCAGCACUCAUAAUCAGACUUUGUGGAAAUCUUA